AUGUUUAGGUCACUAGGCUUAAAGCCUCUUGCGAGGCUUAGCAGUGGCCGAUGUGUACCACAACCAAACUUGUUCAACCCUUGUGUUGGCCGGAGCUUCUCAUCUACUGUUCGUCAAUAUCAAAAUGUUACAGAUAUUGAUGAGAUAUUUAAGAAUGAGAAUCAGAAGGAGACUGAGAGGAAAUGGUCGACACCUCUAGCCAAGCAACUCUUUGCUGCCAUAUCAACAACUGGACCUGUUCCGUUGGCCAGUUACAUGCGCAUGUGCUUGACUGGAGAUAUCGGAGGUUACUACACUGGAGCCAUUGGUGAAGGUCGAGAUCAGUUUGGCACAAAAGGAGAUUUCGUUACAUCACCAGAGAUUUCUCAAAUCUUUGGUGAACUCAUCGGUAUCUGGUUCAUCGCUGAAUGGAUCAGCCAGGGUCGACCUAAAGAGGGCGUCCAACUCAUCGAGGUUGGGCCUGGUCGUGGUACUCUUAUGGAUGAUAUGCUUCGAACCAUCCAACGAUUUCCUGCGAUGGCUAACAGCAUCGACGCUGUGUAUAUGGUUGAAGCCAGUCGUGAGCUUCGAAACGCCCAGAAGCAACUUCUCUGUGGCCCAGAUGCGCCAUCAUCAGAGUCAAAGUCUGGCUUCCAUAGUCCCAGCAAGUACAAUGGCAAGCAGAUUGUCUGGACUGACACUAUCAAGUCUAUUCCAAUUGAAGCUGACAAGAUGCCCUUCAUAAUCGCUCACGAGUUCUUUGACGCUCUCCCUAUUCACAGCUUCCAAUCCGCCUCUGCUCCUCCUCCCCAACCAAAGGCAUCUUCACCUACUUCACCUACUCAACCACCACCCGAGAACACCAAAGCCGCUAUGGAAUGGCGAGAAAUGAUGGUCUCGCCAACACCGCCGGGCGUCACUCACGCUCAACUUGGAACACCGAAAUCACAGCAAGAUGAACCGCCUCCUGAGUUCCAGCUUACACUUUCAUCUACUCCUACUCGUCACUCUCGCUUCCUCCCUGAGACCUCAACAAGGUAUCGCAAGCUUAAGAACAUGCCCAGUUCCGUCAUCGAAGUUUGUCCAGAUGCGUCCAUCUUCGCUACAGACUUUGCAACUCGUAUUGGCGGUUCUGAACAGUAUCCCAAGGCUAAGCCCAGCGGUGCUGCCCUUAUUCUUGAUUACGGAACGUCAGACACCGUCCCUAUCAACUCCCUUCGCGGUAUCCGGCAUCAUAAGCGAGUAAACCCCUUUUCUGCGCCUGGUCUGGUCGAUCUGAGCGCAGAUGUCGAUUUCACUGCCAUCGCUGAAGUGGCCAUGUCAGCGAGUGAAGGCGUGGAAGUCCAUGGACCCGUCAAUCAGGGUGACUUCCUUGAGGUGAUGGGUAUACGAGAGCGUGCUGAGCAAUUGACCAAGGCGCCUGGUGUCGACAAGGAGACUGCUGAUAAGAUCGACGGAGCCUGGAAGCGCCUUGUUGAUAAAGGCCCUGACGGUAUGGGAAAACUGUAUAAGGCGUUGGCUAUCCUGCCUGAGAAUGAUGGCCGAAGACUGCCAGUUGGGUUUGGAGGUGAUGUCUUGGGUUAA